GGAGAGUAACAACUGGGGUAGUAUAGCCUACCUGACACGAAGUCUCCGAUCGCCUGUCCUGGAUGCUCUCAGCACUACUUACCGGUUUUUCGCGGAAUUUACUCAGACAAAAUGGCAAACCACCAAAGCCUCACUGUCACCGUUGGAAAAAUGGACCUUGGCCAGUAGCAAGAAAGGGGCGUAAAGAAGCAAUAUGGCAGCUCACCGAAUCCGAGCGACGAACAACAACAAUGUGCUCCCGCGCUGCAAGUCUGAAGGAACUCUCAUCGACCUCACUGAGGGAGUGUCAGAGGCUAGCCUCACAGAUGUCAAAGUGCCUUCUCCCAGUGCCUUAAGACUGGACACCUCAGCCUCCUUUGGGACGGCACGAGAAGUCGUUGCCAUCAAGGAUUACUGUCCCUCCAGCUUUACCACCUUGAAGUUUUCCAAAGGUGACCGCCUCUUUGUGCUGGACUCAUCGGGUGGAGAAUGGUGGUAUGCCCACAACAACAGGGAGAUGGGCUACAUUCCUGCAACUUACGUCCAGCCAGUAAACUGCCGGAAUUCCUCGCUCAGUGACAGCGGGAUGAUCGACAAUCUCGGCAACUGUUCUGACAAGGAGGCUAAAGAGCAGGACCUCCUCGGGGAGUGGAUGGGGGUUGUCUUGAGUCCCACUCAUCCUUCAAGUGGCAACCCCUUUGCUAACCCCUCCUCCACCAACCCCUUCCUUGGUGAAGCUCUGCAGGGUUCGCUAGACCAGAACAGCAUUGAGAAGUCCAUGCACAACAGCGUGGAUUUGCUUCUCUUUGACAACCUAGCGCCCUCGGUCUCCAGCUCCACUGUGACCAAUGGCUACGGCAACACUUUCUUUGAAUUAAUACCCACAAGCCCCAACUUGGAGGUCAUGCAGAGCCUUCGCAGAGACAACCCUUUCUUCAGGAGCAAGCGAUCCUACAGUUUGUCUGAGCUGUCUAUUCUACAGUCUCAGUCUCAUGUUAUGCCAGCCUCCUCUGGCUUCUUUACUGGUUUAAAAGCUCCUUCUCCUGAGCAAUUCCAGAGCAGGGAGGACUUCAGAACUGCAUGGCUAAAUCACAGGAAGCUAGCAAGGUCUUGUCACGACCUUGACUCCCUGGGACAGAGCCCAGGCUGGGGUCAGACACAGCCUGUAGAGACUAACAUUGUGUGUAAACUGGACAGCUCUGGUGGGGCGGUCCAGCUACCAGACACCAGCAUCAGUAUUCACAUCCCAGAGGGCCACGUGGCCCCCGGGGACCACCAGCAGAUCUCCAUGAAGGCCCUGCUGGAUCCUCCUUUGGAGCUGAACAAUGACAAGUGCUCUACCGUGAGCCCUGUGGUGGAGAUCAAACUGAGCAACAUGGAGAUCAAGAGCUUCAUCACGCUAGAGAUGAAAGUGACAGUGGUUGUGAAGAAGGAGAGCAGGCAGAUGGUGGAGGUGGUGUGCGUCAGGAGCGACUGCAAGGAAGGGCCCUACGCCCCCAUCCCCAGGGCUUACAUAUACGGGGACAUAGUCCAGGUCCAUCUGGACAACUUGGAGCCCUGCAUGUACAUUGCGGUUGUGGUGCAGGCUCACCAUAUCUUACAAAAUUCAACAGUUUGGGACCACGCAGUCAAAAAAGUCACCCUGGGUGUUUACGGGCCUAAGCACAUACAUCCGUCUUUCAAAACUGUUGUGGCCAUUUUUGGGCAUGACUGUGCACCAAAGACGCUGCUGGUGAGCGAGGUGGGGAAGCAGCUUCACUCCACUCCUCCGGUGGCUCUGCAGCUGUGGGGGAAGCAUCAGUUUGUGCUGACACGGCCGCAGGAUCUGCAGAUCAGCAUGUAUUCUAACAUGUCCAAUUAUGAAGUAAAUGCCAAUGAGCAGGCUCAGCUGGUACAGGGCUUUCAGGUCAGACUGGGGAAGGUGAGUCGGCUCAUCUACGUCAUCACCUCGCGGAACUCAGAGGACAUCUCGGACUUCACUUUGCGAGUCCAGGUCAAAGAUGACCAAGGCAACAUCCUUGCGCAGUUCUGUGUGCAGACUCCACAACCUCCUCCAAAAACACGGGUGAAGACAACAGGUCAGAGGAGGUUCCUCAAGAAGAAGGAAGUGGGUAAGAUCAUUCUGUCUCCUCUGGCCCUUACUACCAAAUACCCAACCUUUCAGGAACGCUGUAUCACCAACUUGAAAUUUGGGAAGUUACUAAAAACAGUGAUCCGGCAAACUAAGAACCAAUACCUGUUGGAGUACAAGAAAGGUGAUAUGAUUGCACUGUUGAGUGAGGAGAAAAUCAAACUAAAAGGACAACUGUGGACCAAAGAGUGGUAUAUUGGAUAUUAUCAAGGCAAGAUUGGACUUGUCCAUGCAAAAAAUGUUCUGGUUGUGGGGAAAGUCAAGCCCUUGUAUUUCUCUGGGCCAGAUCUCACCACUACCGUGCUGUUGGACCAGAUCCUAAAGCCUUGCAAGUUCCUCACCUACAUCUAUGCCUCAGUGAGGACAGUAUUGAUGGAGAACAUUGGAAACUGGAGGGCGUUUGCUGAUGCCCUUGGCUACUGCAACCUACCUUUGACAUAUUUUUGCUGGGCAGAGCUGGACAGCGAGCCUGAGAGGGUGGCAUCUGUAUUAGAGAAGCUCAAGGAGGAUUGCAAUAACACAGAAAACAAAGAAAGGAAGUCAUUUCAGAAGGAGCUCAUGACAGCCCUGCUGAAGAUGGACUGUCAGGGGUUGGUGGCCAGGCUUAUCAUGGACUUUGUGCUGCUGACCACAGCUGUGGAGGUAGCCACUCGCUGGAGGGAGCUGGCUGAGAAGCUGGCCAAGGUGUCCAAGCAGCAGAUGGAAGCUUAUGAAGCUCCCCACAGAGACAAGAAUGGUGUGCUGGACAGUGAGGCCAUGUGGAAGCCAGCCUAUGACUUUCUGUUGACGUGGGCUGCCCAGAUUGGGGACAGUUACAGGGAUGUGAUCCAGGAGCUGCACAUCGGGCUGGACAGGAUGAAGAGCCCCAUCACUAAGCGCUGGAAGCACCUAACGGGCACGCUCAUCCUCGUUAACUGCCUGGAUGCACUCCGGAGCUCUGCCUUCAGCCCUGUCGCACAGGACGACUUUGCCAUCUAAACCAAUCCUGUUGUCCGGACUCUGCUUUUUAUCCCCACCCCUCAGGAUGAUUUAACCAUUUAAGCCCCGUCUUAGACUUUCACUCUACUUUCUUACCCUUCCAUUGUGAUUGACACUGUCAGGCUGCAUCCCAAUCUGAAAGAAAGCGGAGGCAGUGAGUGAACAAGCCUGUACUUCAAAUGACAUCACACAGGUUCAGGAAAAAAGGGAAGGGUGUUAUUUGGGAACGCAUUUAGGACACAGUCUGCUGUCAUAUUUGCACGCCAUUAUUCAUGAUGGAAAAAGAAGGACACUGCUUUACACAAAACCAUGGA